GUUGGAUGCAUACUAUGGCUUAAGUGAUUGACAAAGAUUGGUGCUAUUGGCGGUACAUAGACGCAAUGAGGAUGACAAGAAAGCUACUGCUUUGAAAGAGGAAGAAAGUGAGCUGGAGGAACUGGGGUACCUUCAUUGAGCUGAGAGGGGUCUAAAAAUUGGGAUUCAUUUCUGAGCAGCUGCUGGCAUGUCAGAGGCUUGGAAUCGGCCUGGUAAAUCUAAAACUGUCUCAGCAGUGGUUAGCUGACCUCACCCAAGUUCCAAGCCUUACUCUGCUUGAUCCUUUUUUCUUGAGCCUCAGAGCUAAAAUGCUCCUGAGCUCCUUCUGAUUGGUUGAGAAGACCAAUUGAAGUUCCCUUGCCCAUGUUAGGAGGUGUACGCCUCCUGAACUAAAGAUAGAAACAGCUGGCCCUUCCAGGCAGCUAAAAGCCUCCAGACUAAGAGGUGUUUCCCACUCGGCAGCCAGACUCCUUGAAAUACCCUUUGAGUAAUUCUACCAACGUCCUCCAUGUCUCUAUUCUGCCAUAACAAAGGCUGUGGGCAGCACUUUGACCCCAAUGCAAACCUUCCUGAUUCCUGUUGCCAUCACCCUGGGGUCCCAAUCUUCCAUGAUGCACUUAAGGGUUGGUCCUGCUGCCGGAAGCGAACUGCAGAUUUCUCUGAGUUCUUAAACAUCAAGGGCUGUACUGUGGGACCACACUGUGCUGAGAAGCUCCCUGAGGCCCCUCAACCUGAGGGGCCUGCCACAAGCAGUUCACUUCAGGAGCAAAAACCUCUGAAUACGAUUCCAAAGUCAGCAGAGACUUUGCGUCGGGAGAGGCCCAAGUCAGAGUUGUCUCCAAAGCUGCUUCCGCUAAAUAUAUCCCAAGCCCUGGAAAUGGCAUUGGAACAGAAGGAAUUAGACCAAGAACCUGGAGCAGGACUUGACAGUAGUCUGAUCCGGAGUGGUUCCAGCUGCCAGAAUCCAGGAUGUGAUGCUGUUUACCAAAGCCCUGAGAGUGAUGCUACUCCAUGUACCUACCACCCAGGAGCACCUCGAUUCCAUGAGGGGAUGAAGUCCUGGAGCUGCUGUGGCAUCCAGACCCUGGAUUUUGGGGCAUUCCUGGCACAGCCAGGAUGCAGAGUUGGUAGGCAUGACUGGGGGAAGCAGCUGCCAGCAUCUUGCCGUCAUGAUUGGCACCAGACAGAUUCCUUAGUAGUGGUGACUGUGUAUGGCCAGAUUCCACUUCCUGCGUUCAAUUGGGUGAAGGCCAGUCAAACUGAGCUUCAUGUCCACAUUGUCUUUGAUGGUAACCGUGUGUUCCAAGCACAGAUGAAGCUCUGGGGGGUCAUAAACGUGGAGCAGAGCUCUGUCUCCUUGAUGCCAUCUCGGGUUGAAAUCUCCUUGGUCAAGGCUGACCCAGGAUCCUGGGCCCAGCUGGAGCACCCUGAUGCACUAGCUGAGAAGGCUAAGGCAGGGACUGGGUUAGAGAUGGAUGAGGAAGAAUCUGAGGAUUCAGAUGAUGAUCUGAGCUGGACAGAGGAGGAGGAGGAGGAGGAAGCGAUGGGGGAAUAGUGACACCAGUCAACUAUCUAGAUAGGACCUCAGUGGUUCCCUUAGAAUGUCAGAGACCAGGAUAUGGUUGGCCAUGUCCUGUUGUUAUUGAGCAGCAGCAGGCUGAAGGAGGGGAGAACAAAAGUGUCCAAACCGUGCUGUUUUUUCCCUUAAAUAAAUCUCGUAUUCUGCAGUUUCA